AGCCCACUAAACUAACUGGCCCAUUCAUCUAAAUAAAUUCUCUAUCUCUAAUUCAUUCUCAAAAUUGCCGGCUAAACUCACCAAUCCACCACUACUACCGCCAACGCUCUCCCUUAUUCCGGCCGACCGACCAUCAUCAAAAUUGGCGCUUUCGCCGCCGUUUACUCGCUCCAACACGAAAGCUCCCUCCGCCACUGCUGCCGUCUUCUGCUCGCCGCCCUCUUAUCAGCCUCAACUCAACAACAUCAAGAAGCCCUAAUUCUAUUUGUUAAUCAGUUCUGCGCAUACUUGUUUUCAUUAGAUGGCGUCUUCAAAAUUUCCGCGACAGCCAGAGAAAUCUCAGGCAACACUUGGUACAGCAGCUAAAGCAGGAAAUCCUAAAGCAACUUUUUCUAGAUCUAUGCCCUCAAGCAUGUCAAGUUUGGCGAAUACAAAGUCUGCUGCAGGUCCAGCCAAAUUCUCGGAAAAUACAGAACAUCUUCAAGAAAUAAAUAGUAUAAGGAAAGCUCCAGUAGGGGCCCAGAUAAAGCGUGUUAUCAACUUGCUCUUUAAGACAAGGGAAGCCUUGACACCCGAUCAAAUAAAUAAAGCGUGCUAUGUGGAUGUAAAUGGGAAUAAGGCUGUAUUUGACAGUUUAAGGAACAAUCCAAAAGUGCGUUAUGAUGGAGAGCGGUUCUCCUACAAGUCCAAACAUCAGUUGCAAAAUAAGACUGAUCUUCUUCAAUUAAUUCGGACACGUCCGGAGGGUAUUGCUGUUAUAGAUCUCAAGGAUUCGUACACUGCUGUAUUAGAUGAUCUACAGACUCUGAAAGGUACAGGCGAAAUUUGGUUGCUAUCCAACUUCGAUUCACAAGAGGACAUAGCAUACCCAAAUGAUCCUAGAGCAUCUAUUACAGUUGAUGAUGAUUUGAAACAGUUGUUUCGGGGGAUUGAACUCCCCCGUGAUAUGCUUGAUAUUGAGAGGGAUCUUCAGAAGAAUGGGAUGAAACCUGCUACAAACACUGCUAAGAGGAGGGCUGCUGCAGAGAUUCUUGGCAUGCCUCCCAAGCCCAAGACGAAGAAGAAGAAGAAUCACGAGAUCAGCAAGAGGACCAAGCUUACCAACGCUCAUCUUCCAGAACUCUUCCAAACUCUUCGCGGACCGGGAUGAAACCUGCGGGAUCAAGGUAUAGGAUGUACAUAUAUUCAUAUUGGUUGGUUGGAGGGGAUAAUGACUUCUCUCGGUGAUUGACCUGUUCAUCCCUACUCAUGUUUUCACUCUUGCUUUUCAUUCAUGGGGAUGUAAUAUGAAUGAAGAAUACUGUUUUCAUUCUUCACCAGCCAAUGAAAAUUUGGCGAAUGAUUUAAUGGGGUAAAUUUGGUCUAAAGUAAUAAAAUUUUUAUAUUUUGAUUUU